GCUGCCUAGGCGCGUCACCCGGUCUCCCACACCUCGUUGGUCUAGUCCUUAAAGGUCACCCGUUGUUCAUUUGGACGUUCGCACACACAAACGAACGGCUCAAAUUACUCUUCCGACGUUUCAUUCGGAUCAUCGCAAGAGCUUCCACCAACCCCCAUUGCAACUUCCAUUUGGGUGUGAUAUUCUAUCUCUGAAAAGAGCGCAUCUCACAACCCACAUACUUUGAGGCUGUACUUUACUCGUCAAGUUGUCACGCUACGUCGCGCCAAGGCUCUACCCCGCAUUUCUGGUCAAGACAUCUACCCGUCGGCAGGCUUUCCUCUUGUCGAUAGCUGCAUCUUGAACAAAGACUUGGUCACCAGACGUUCGUGUCAAUCUGUAGUCUAAACAUCCUCUCCAAAGGACAUUGGGCUACCGAGACCUCUCGACGAUUUCAGAAACUCCGUCCAUCUAGGCGGACGACACAACCUCCAGUAUGCCACCUACCAUGGAAUCGGAACGGCAAUGGCUCGCGUCUGUUCCCGUCUUUCCGCUGAGCUCGGAUGAGCUCGCCGGUGACGCCUUCUCCUAUGGAGUUGGCAAGUCACCCGGUGGCGAAAAAAUCCGAGCUCCGUACCUUCACCCAUUCGCAUCGAGCUCAUCGUCACGCCUCAGUGGCAAGCGAUCUCGAAGCAAUUCGCCGCUAUCGUUCAGCGAUUCACCACCGUCCGACGAUGGCGGAUCGUCACAAUGGUCGUCGUCAUCCUCACAAUCAUCAACCCAAGCCACAUCCACUCCCCCUUCCCCACCUUCAUCUUCGCAGGAGUCUGACUCCGAGCGUGGCUGCCCUUCGCCCACCGCUGCAAAGCGCAAGGCGAUUCGUUGCCGUCGACAUGAGACUGCCUGUGCCGCCUCCGCUCGUCGACAAGGCGUCGAAGGUGCGACAGUGCCGCCACCUCAGCCAUCCUCCUCCUCCUCAUCUGCAUCCUCCUCCUUCCCCCAGUCGGAUGCGGAACUUUCGAGUCUAGACAACGCAGUCCAGGCUUUUGGCUUGGACAGUCACGAGAACACUCCCGAAAGGCCGGUGCUCUCUCAGAUCGACCAGCCGCCAUCCACCGUGUCAGGUCCCAACAGUAUCAAUGGAUGCAGUAGCGCGGCCGAGGGAGGUGUGGGGAGGGCGGAUGUGAUCAAAGAGGCUAUGGUCGAUCAUCUAGUCGGUGAGUACCUCCAAUAGGUCGGGCACCCCUUUGCGUCUGCCUUCGCACAGAGUCGCCUUGCCAGGUACAUGAGUGUCGAGUCUCACCCUUCUGCCCAUUACUAUGACGCUUCCUAGGUGUUGCUCUGCAAACCAUCCAUGCCCUGUGGUUCCAACCCCUCUCCCUUUCUGAGAGCAAGAUCCCCUGCACAGCCGCUGGUGGUCUCACUCUUCACCUCUUCGUCCGCGAGACAUUGCGACGCAGUCGCACCUCUUGUUCGACACUUCAAGC